UCAACGUAGUUGUUUGAGUGGCGGCGUUGAGUGGCUUGACAGGAAAGCGGAACUGGCUAACUAGCAAGCUAGUAGCACAUUAGCUGGGUUAACGAGUCGCCCCCGGAUCCUGCCCUGUUUACGACACUUGAGCACGACAGCAAGUUUUCAGAAAAUGCCACAGAACAUAGAGCUCGGUGCCACGGGGGGAGCCUCCAAACAGGACAGCAGCAACAUGGAGGACAUGACUGUGGAACAGAUGACCAUGAGGGCCAACCAAGUGACUGACGAGUCACUGGAAAGCACACGGAGGAUGCUGCAGAUGGCAGAGGAGAGCAAACAGACUGGUGUCAACACCAUGGUGAUGCUGGACCAGCAAGGAGAGCAGCUGAAGCGUGUGGAGGAGGGCAUGGACCAGAUCAACCAGGACAUGAGACAGGCUGAGAAAAACCUGACCGACCUCUCCAAGUGCUGCGGCCUCUGCGUCUGCCCCUGUGACAGGGUGUCGUCAAUCGAGCACGACUCGCGGUACAAGCGUACCUGGGGUAUGGGAGGAGGUGAAGGCGAAGGCGAUUCCAAUGGAUCAAAAGUAGUCUCAAGGCAGCCCUCAGCUGUCCGCAAUGGCCAGGCUGCCCAUGUGAACGCCCAGGCGCCCUCAGGCCCGUACAUCAAGAGGAUAACCAACGAUGCACGCGAGGAUGAGAUGGAGGACAAUCUGAAUGCCGUGGGCAGCAUCAUUGGCAACCUGAAAACUAUGGCUGUGGACAUGGGCAACGAGAUAGACAAGCAGAACAAACAGAUUGACGGCAUCACUGCCAAGGCGGACAUGAACAGAGUGCGUAUAGAAGAAGCGAACCAGAGAGCCAACAAGCUCAUCAAGUAGAGAAGGAAGCCGCUCCUGCCAGUUCUACCCAUCAACCCUCAGCCUCCGCCACACCUGUACACACACUGCAUACUUGUGCACGUGCAGGAACACACGCUCUUUGACCUAAAGAAAUAGAAAUUCAGUCUGGAAGAUUAUGUUUGCCAGCAGUGCGUUUGCCUUUACUGCACUAAGAUGUAAGUAGAAUACUCAAACAUUUAUACAUUUUUAUAAAUUGACCACCAGCAAUGCGCCCUUUGACCCAUGUAUUCAUUGUCAUGCUGGACCUCGAGAAGCAGCAUGGGCAGCAGAAACUGCACCAAAGAGGAAGUGACUGACUGCCUGUUACUGCUGUUUGAUACCAAAUAUGCACCAGACCUGUUGUAUCAUAUCUCAACAUUCACAGGAAGGGAAGUAGCACAGGUCCGCUGCUUUUCUUUCUUAUUUUAUUUCCUGUGUGCCGCCUUUCUCUUUAAGUCAACAACUAUGAACUGUCUCUUUGGCUGCGUCUCUGGUUUUUAUGGAUGAGGUCACAAAUCCAUUAGCUGUCUUUUAUCCAACACAGCAUUAAUUUAUGUAUCAGCCCCCGUUGGCCCUAUCUUGAUACAGCUACGUCUAGUUUAAUCAUAAAGCGUUGACUUUAAUCUGAAACAAACGUAUCUUCCUCAAAUCCUCAUUGGUUCAAUGUGUAAUUAAGUUUAUUGUAUCAUGUGUUAUGAGAUGACAUGCUUAUUUAAUUAUUAUCAAGCAGAAAUGACUUGUGAAUAAAGUUGUGUUUUUUAACACUUUGUUCUGA